AUGGCGCUGCCGCCCUUCUCCGGGCGCUUCGGCCGCCCCUGCAGCCCCUGCAACCGCCGCAGCCCCCGCCGCGGCCCGCGGCGCCCCCGGGGGGCGGAGGAGGAGGAGGAGGAAGAGGAGGCGGGGCAGCGCCUGCGGGACCUCCGCUGGCUGGAGGCGGCCUUCGGGGCGCGGCCCCGCCCGAGGCUCCCGGCGUCGGCGGCGGUGCCGGCCGCGCCCCCCGCACCGGGCGCUUUGCGGAGCGCGGCGCUGAGCGCGGCCAGGCUGCUGCGGCGGCUGCGGCGGGCGCUGUCGGGGCUGCGGGCGGCGGAGGACGGGGCGGCCUGGGCGCGGUUCGGCGGCCCGGCGCGCCGCCUCCGGGCCCGCCUGCUCGCCCGCCUGGCCCUCCUGGCCCGCCUGCUCCCGGAGCAGCCCCCGGGGGAGCCCCCGGAGCAGCCCCCGGGCCCGGCGCGGGACGGGGGGCGGCGGCGGCGCCGGCGGGCCCGGCGGGGGCGGGAGGAGGCCCGGCGGCGGGAGCUGCGGGCCCUGAGGGAGGCCGAGGCGGCCCGGGCCGCCCGCGCCGAGGAGGACAUCGAUCGCUGGAGGGCUCAGCGGGUGCACGAGGCCCAUCGCAGGACCAGGGAGCACGAGCUCAAAGUCGCCGCCGACGGCGUCCUCUCCGAAGUCCGGAAGAAGCAGGCCGACGCCAAGAGGAUGGUCGAUGUCCUCCGCGCGCUGGAGAAGCUGAGGAGGCUGAGGAAAGAGGCCGCCGCCAGGAAGGGCGUCUGCCCGCCGGCCUCGGCCGACGAGACGUUCGAAGGGCACGUGGAGAGGCUGAGGAGACUGAUCCAGAAGCGCACCGAGCUGUACGAGGCCGAGGAGCGGGCCCUCAGGGUCAUGCUGGAGGGCGAGCAGGAGGAGGAGAGGAAGCGGGAAAUGGAGAAGAAGCAGAGGAAGGAGAAAGAGAAGCUCGGGCAGCAGCGGCGGGAGAUGGAAUCCAAGCUCUUCGGGACGCCGGACGAGUUUCCCCUGAGCCGGGUCCUGCAGCCGUUCCGUCAGUUCUAUUUACAAGCGGAGCACUCGGUCGGCGCCCUCCUCCAGAUCCGGCACGAGUGGGAUCGGUACCUGGUUCCGGACGAGGUUCCCGAAGGCAGCUGCAUCCCUCGGGGCUGGGUCCUGCCCCCCGCCCCCUCCAGCGACACUUGGGCCACGGCCGUCAGGCCGGGCUAGGGGCCGGGCCCUCGCCCCCGCCCGCCCGCGACGGACCGCCCCGGGCGC